UUGAAUUUCAAUUUCCCCAAACUUAAUAUCUCCGCCUUUGGGCGUCCCAACUCACUUCCCAUCUCUAUCUUUCUCUUUCUAUCUCUCACGUACAACUCUCUUUCUCUCUCUCAACACACAUACAAACCCUAACCCUAUCUCUAGCCCACCAACAAGGAUUUGUCAUGAAGGGCGGUAAAUCCAAGUCAGACACUAAGAGCGCUAAGCUCUCCGUGAAUAAGAAGCCAGCGAAGGGAGGGAAGAAAGCGGGAAAGGCAGCAAAGGAUCCAAACAAGCCCAAAAGGCCUGCCAGUGCUUUCUUCGUUUUCAUGGAGGAAUUCCGUGAGCAAUACAAAAAGGAUCACCCGAAGAACAAAUCCGUCGCUGCGGUUGGCAAGGCUGGUGGAGAUAAAUGGAAGUCCUUAUCUGAAGCUGAGAAAGCACCUUACGUACACAAGGCUGAGAGACGCAAGGCUGAUUACGAGAGGGACAUGAAAGCAUACAAUAAGAAACAGGCUGAAGCACCUAAAGAAGAGGAGGAGUCUGAGAAGUCAAUGUCAGAGGUGAAUGAUGAGGAUGAUGAUGAUGCUAGUGGAGAGGAAGACGAUGAUGAGUAGGAGUUGGCUUGGCAGGGAGGAUAGCGUUAGUCUUGUAGGUUGUGACAACGUUGUGUCUCAUCUUAUGUAAUGCUUUGAUGUUCUGAUGUUACUUUUAGAUACUUCUCUAAAAAAAUGUAUCUCUGUUCUCUAUCAUUUUCCCCUUCCCCAUCAGAAAUUUAUAGUUGUAGAUGGGAUAUUUCCUGCUCAAUGUGCUUUGCUACACAGUUCAAUGAUUUAGUUAAGAAGUUUCAUCUUGUGUAGAGAA